GCAUUUCAUCUCCAUCACUUCAACAAUACUUUCUACGCUCCAUCAACAAUGGCAUCCACCCUUCAAAGCGGUCCUACCGCUCCCUCAGAAACCCCCAACACCCACGAACUCUCAUUCCCUCUCCCGCGCGCCCCGCAAUCCCACAUCCACCUCCACCUAACUAACCACACCACCUCUCUGCUCCUCUUUCUCACAAGCUCCGGGGAGUCCGCGUCCACAUUAUCCUCACUGGGUAGCUUCGUGUAUGCAAUGCCGAACAGAACCGGAGGACAACCGCUCAGCACACCACUAUAUACCCAAGGCUCCACAUUGGAUUUCGCGACUAGGUUGGCGAGGGUGCUGGCGAAAAAGGUGGGCAAGCCGGUGUAUGUGGGCAACUCGGUCAGCUUUGCGGGGGCGGGGAUGGGGGGAACGGUUGAGGAGGAGAUGGAGGGGUUUAGAAGGUGUGUGGAGGUGGUUGUCGGGGUCUUGGAAAGAGAGAAAGACGUCAAGGAAUGAAAAGACACAUGAUGUGCUAUGAAAAACUCGGUAUUUCAGGGCACUAGGAGGGCAUAUCCUGAGGGAUGGCGAAUGCACGAGUAUGAGAUCAUGUCCAAAAACAAAAGGCAAAAAGGCGUAAAGAGCGUAGGUACUGUUUAAUAUCUGAAGGUGUUACAUUCCACUCGAAAAACCGCCAAGAGGACAACGCUCCUGCUUAAGGUAAGACCUAUGGACGACUGAAGCUUCAGUUCAUCCCCUCCAAGCGCUCCUUAGCACUAUCCUUGGCGUCCUGGGACACAUUGGGAUUCUUCAGCGUCGCUUUCAAACCACCAGCA